AUGGUUCCUCUCCGGUCGUACCGGCUCGAUCGUUGUUGUGGUUAGACUUGCCAGUUGGUCGCUUUGGUUGGGAAAAGUGGAAAGCAGAAAGUUUGAUUUGUUAGUGGAAUAUAGUAGUGCGAAGAAAAUAAUACAAAAUGGCAACCACAUGCUUUGGCUGCAAAGAGGAGAUCAAGGACAAGAUGCUGGAGGCUCUGGACAAGUCCUGGCAUCCGGAGCACUUUGCCUGCAAGGAGUGCAAGAAGCGCAUCAUCGAGAACAAAUUCCAUGAAAAAGACGGCCUCCCGGUUUGCUCCAAGUGCUUCGAGUCCAAGUUCCAGGCCAUCUGUGCCGCCUGCCGGAAGAUGGUCACCGAGAAAGUGGUAAAAGCGAUGGGCAAGACCUGGCAUCUGGAGCAUUUCAUCUGCGGAGGCCCCUGCAAGCAGCAACUGUCCGGUCAGACCUUCUUCGAGCGGAACGGCAAACCGUACUGUACCGCAGACUAUGAGCGAUUGUACGCCCCCAAGUGCGGCGGCUGCAAGAAACCCAUCUCGGAGAAGGCCAUCUCCGCACUGGAAGGCAAGUGGCACAAGGAGUGCUUCACGUGCAAGCUCUGCAAGGAACCAAUCGGCGUGGAAUCCAAGUUCCGCUCCGACAAGGACAAGCAACCGAUUUGCGAAAAGUGCGGAGUCUAAUGCAUCGGUUCCAUCUCUCUAUCCAGAUUCGAGCCCUCAGUUGAGAACUACAUCAUUGAAAUAAACAAAGCAAAAUAUCCUCU